AUGAAAAGAAAGUUCCGAGGAAAUUAGCCACCCAAAUACAAGAAUUAUUUGGAAAUGAGGUCAAUAGAUCAGAAUCCGAAAUAAAGAUAUAUAAAAUUUGCUGGGAAUUUGAAAUUGACUGAAUCCAUAUCUAGUUUUCAAAUAGUUCAGUUGCCAAAAUAGAAAUGAAAGCUCCUUUUGUGGUUGGAGCUUCGUAUUUAGUUAAUAGAGUUAAAUAGAUUUGGAUCAAGAGAUAAAUCUUAUAUUAGUUAACCUGAACAAUUAGAUAUUCCAAAAGUUUAAUGAUAGAAAACAGAAUCAAAAAAGCAUAUUGAUUUACAUAGGAUUGCUAUUCAAAAUUCAAAAAAGAAAAUAGUUUUAAGAUUAAUUUAUGGAUCAGCCUUUUAAGUAGAUGGUAGAUGAACUAAAAUCUCACAAUACUUGCCAACCUUGUCUUAAUCUAGAAAGUAUGCAUCUAAAUAUUAAAAUACUGUCUGAUUAGAUAAUUGAAAAUCUACUUUGA